AUGCCGUGGUUCCCAGCCGUGCCACCGGCGCUGGCGGCCGCCGACGGGGCCCGGAACAACAAGAAGCGCGCGGGGCUCCCGAGGCUGCUGCACAAGCUCUUCAUCAAGGUGCUCCGCCUCAGGCCGGCGUCGGCGGCGGCGGAGGAGUGCUGCUACUACUACAGCUACGGCGGCGCGGGGUCGUCGUCGUGGGCCGGCGUGCUCUCCUCCAUCCCGGAGGAGGACUACGACUACGACGACAGCUCCAAGGAGGAGGAGGAGGGCACGCCCGACGUCGUCAUCGUCCCCGACCCCGCCGUGCUCCGCAAGGCCAAGUCCGAGCGGUUCCUCGUCGGCCCACCCGACGCCGCCACCGUCGUGCACGUCGAGGUCCUCGUCUAG